GUGCGGCCUGUCGUAAAACAUCUGGGGAAGAAUAUAACACACACACAAACACACACAAGCGCACACACCUUCAAGCCGCCCGAGCUCGUGCAGUGGCUUUGUAACGAGCAGUCGCAGUCCAGCGCGAUGAUAUUCGUCUUAUGCAUCCGGGCUGUCAAGCUUAUCUGGUUACAAAAUGAGUGAAAAGCUAGUUUGGGUGGUUGAAACCAACAUGCUUUAAAUGUCAGUGGCGCUUCCAGUUCAGGCAACAUUCCUGGAUUCUUCACCAGAACACACGCUCUGGGUCUGGACUCGGGAGUUUGGACGGGCUGCUUUUGUUGAGGCAGGGCUUGGAAGAACAGAGGAAUUUUUGGAAAAGCUGCUGGUGGAAAACUGCCGGAAACGCACAAGUCCAAGUCUUCUGGGAAUCGUAUCGUUCACAUGAUGGAUGUGAUUUCACCGUGCACAGGGGAAAUGACACGAUCUGUCACCCUGGAUUAACACAGACUCGGAUUCACUCAUUGGUGGGAUUUGUUAUCCAGGAAUCAACGUGGCAUAUGGGCAAACUCCUUUUGGCAGGAUGUUGACACCAUGAGGGCUCGGGAAUAUUGACCGUAAUAUAAUCGGGGUUACUAUCGGGAAGAUUUCCGCCUACAUGCUCACAGCUUGCGGUGCAGAAUGGCAUCGACCGAGAGACUGUAUGAGGUUUGGAUGCUGUACUGCAAUAAGAAGGACCCGGACUACCUGAAGCUCUGGUUGGAGAUCUUCAUUGGCUCUUAUGAGAGAUGUCUGGAUGUGGAUUUCGAGAAACCGCCAACCAGGUUGGAGGAGACGCCGCCCGUCAUGACGCUGUUACCUGAUAACAUCCUGCAGGUGUUGCGUCUGCAGCUGCUGCAGUGUGUGCAGAAAGCGUCUGAGGGACUGGAGCCCGAGCAGCAGACGUUGGCGCUCCUGCUCCUCAAAUUCCUCAUCGUCACCUGCAGGAACCUGUCAAAUGUGGAAGAGAUCGGCGCCUGUUCCUACAUAAACCACAUCAUCACCAUGACAACGCUUUACAUCCAGCAGCUGAAGAGUAAGACGAAAGAGAAGGAGCUGGCUGAUCAGACACAAGCCGAGGAGUUUGUCCGUCACGCUCUGGCCUUCUGUGAGAGUCUGUAUGAUCCCUAUCACAACUGGAGGCAUCGCAUUCACGGACGGCAGCUCAGUGCUGUGGAGAGAAGCAGACAGAAGUUUAAAGCCGCACCGCUUACUGUAGAAUUUGUGCCCUUCUUUUACCAAUGUUUUCAGGAGAGUGAGCACCUGAAGGACAGUCUUAAAUGUUGCCUUUUGCACCUGUUUGGAGCCAUCGUCGCGGGUGGACAGCGUAACGCUCUGCUGGCCAUCUCUCCGGCCACGAUGGAGGUGCUGCUGGGAGUGUUGGGUGCCGGUGAGUGUCUGAGCGGAGGCGGAGAUGGAGAGGACUGGGACAGUGAGGCUCCUGACAGGAAGUCGCUGUUGACUCUGGGCUGUUUGCGGGAGGUGGUGCACCGGCUCCUGGCCAGCAGCUCCGAUCAGAGACAGGUGGAGAUCAGCUCCGUGCUGGAGAGCUACUUCAAACUGCUCAACUCGGACCCCGCCGCCACAGCGCAGGUCAAAGGUCGCCCAUCGCCGCCCCGCUCUCGGCACUGGGAGAGCCGCUUUGUGGCGUUACAGGUGAACAUGCUCGAAACUAUUCAGGACAUGUUUGAGUGCAGCGACCGCCCCGUCCUGCAGGCCAUCUUCCUCAACAGUAACUGCUUUGAGCAUCUGACCCGACUCCUGCAGAACAGUAAGGUGUUCCAAGGGAGGCUCGACUCUCUUGCCGUGGCAACAAUCAAAACUCUCACGACAGUGCUGCACAAGUCACCUGCUGCAAAGGAAGUGUUUAAGGAGCGGAUUGGCUACACUCACCUGUAUGAGGUGUUGGUGUCACUGGGUCAGCCGUCCAGACACCUGCUGAAGGAACUCAUGAAUAUGGCUGUUGAGGGUGAGCAUUCGUCCGUGGGUCUCCUGGGCAUCAGUAACGUGGAGCCUCUCCUGCUCCUGAUCCAGUGGCUUCCAGAGCUGGACUCUGCCGAGCUGCAGAUCUUCACUUCCGACUGGCUCCGGCGCAUCUGCGGUCUGAACCGGCGCACGCGAGCCACCUGCGUCAACUCUUCCAUGACUCUCAUAGUGCUGUCGGCUCUGGAGAGACACGAGCGGCUGCACCGGGCCUGUGCCGAGAGUCUGGUGGGCCUGUUGGGAUCUUUAGGCAGCCAGUCGCUGAGUUCCUCUGAGCUCCAGAAUCUGCUGAGACUCCUGCGUCAGGACGAGCCGGGCGGUGCUCACCCGUAUGUGGGACCGGUGCUGCGGGCGCUCCUGGGGAUGGUGCGCAAACAGGGCCUGGAGAGCGCCAUGCAGUACUUUGAUCUGUCACCGCCCAUGGCUGGCAUCGCCGUGCCGACCAUCCUCCGUUGGCCAGGCUUCGCUUUCAGCUUCUUUGCUUGGCUCUCAUUGGACCAAGAUCAGCUGGGCCAGCCCAGUAAAGGAGAGAAGAGGAAACAGCUGUAUAGUUUUUUCACCCCAGGUGGCACCGGGUUCGAGGCCUUUAUCAGUUCAGCCGGAGUGCUUGUGGUUGCCGUGUGCACUAAGAAAGAAUAUGUCACCGUCAUGCUGCCUGACUACUGCUUCUGUGAUUCACUCUGGCACAGUAUUGGUGUGGUUCACGUGCCGGGGAAGAGGCCGUUUGGCCAGAGUCUGGUCUACAUCUUUGUGGAUGGACAGCAGAAACUAUCAGCACCUUUAAAAUACCCAACCAUGACUGAGGCCUUCACGUCAUGCUGUAUCGGUUCAGCGGGUCACCGCACCACGACGCCUCCUCCCUCUCAGAUCCCAGAUCCUCCGUUUUCCGGUGGCAAUCCCUCCGGACGCUCAUCAUUCGGCGCUAUCCUCCCGGGCUGGGGCGGCCUGCUAGGGACCAAACCUGAGUCUGUCACCAAACUGAUUUCCGCCGGGACUCAGGACAGCGAGUGGGGCAGUCCCACCUCACUGCAAGGCCAGCUGGGAAGUGUCAUGGUCUUCCACGAGCCCCUCCAAGCCAGUCACGUCAAAGCCCUCUGUAGCGCAGGACCAAACUGUAUUUCUCCCUUUAAAAGUCAAGAGGCUGAACUCGGAGACCUGGCGCCCAAACUUCUGCUACACUAUUCUCCAAAGGCAUGUAGGAAAGCAAUAUGUCUGGAUUUAUCCCCUAAUAUGCUGCACGGUCGCCUGACAGGAAAUAAAGUGGUCAACUGGGAUAUCAAAGACAUGAUCAACUGUGUUGGAGGGCUUCCUGUGUUGCUCCCAGUCUUGGAGCAGUUGACUUUGUUAACCCCUGAUUUACAUCACGUGGACCCCUCAGGGCCAGAGUUCAUCACCCCUGACUCAGUCACACCUUCUGACGGAGACUGGGUCAUACUGCCCUCAAACAGAGCGUCAGAGGCCAGACUGGAGAAGAAUCUGGUGGCGACGUUCUUGCUGGUGAUCAAGCAUUUCCUGCAGAGGCAUCCCAUAAACCAGGAAACCCUUCUGCACUCCCACGCUGUGGCCACGUUAGGAGCUCUGCUUCAGAAGCUGCCAGCGUUCCUGGUGGACGUGAGCGUGCUGGUGGCGGUUCAGCUGUUGAUCGAGCAGAUGACGUAUGAGAAGAACUCACAGCUCCUGCAGCAGCUCCACACACACCUGCUCUUCAACUUCAGCAUCUGGAACCAAGGAGAUUUCCCACUGCGCAUCGGUCACAUCCAGUACAUGUCCACCGUCAUCAAAGACAGCAGAAAGCAGUUCAGGAAGAAAUAUGGAGUGCAGUUUCUGCUGGACACAGUACGCCUUUACUAUGGUUCUGGAAGUAAAGAUGCAGAUCUGAGUGAGGAUGACAUUAAGACAAUCAGAGCUUCUCUCUGUGGCCUGCUGAAGUAUUACAUCAGCAAGGGAACCACCCAAGAGGAGAUCCAGAGCAUUCUGGGAUACAUCGCUGCCAUUGGAGACGAGGAACAGCUGUGUGGGAUCCUGGAGCUGCUGCUGACUCUGCUGCAGACCAGCGCAGCGCGGGACCAGCUCUUCCUGCUGCUGUUUGAACCGGGAGCGGCCGACUCCUGCUACGCUCUGCUGCUCAACAACAAACACUCCGACCGCCUCCGAGAGCUCGUCUUCAAGCUGUUUGAGCGGAUGCUGAAGUGUGACCGUGUGUAUGAGAAGAGCAAGCAGAGGUUGCGCUUGAGGGAUGUGGGGUACUCUGGCCUCAGUCUGCUGUUCUCAGACCUGCACCUCACCUCCAGCCUCAUCAAGUGCCUCCUUCACCAAGUGCUGUCUACCGAUGCUGUGGUGAACUAUAAAGAUCUGAUGGCUGUGGUUCAGCUGACCCAUAAAGCCGGGCCCAGUGUUCGCCUGACUGUAUGCAAGAGGAUGUAUGCGCUGCUACAGUCUCAGCAGGAUGCAGCGCUGCAGAUCUCCAAGCAGACGUGUUGGCAGGGCACUCUAAUGAGUCUGUUUGUCCGGAGCCCCGGGAGCGACGGAGGUUCUGGUUCGGGCCGUUGUGACGCGGCCAGCCUGGGGAGUUUCGAGCUGAGCCGCAGCAGCGGAGGAAGCCGCCUGGAGCCUCCUCUGGAGCGCAGGCCUCUGGGAGACAGGCUUGAGGAGCGAGACAGCGCCUCAGACAGCAGGUCCAUAGACAGCCUGGACAACGGAGAGCUGAUGUCCCUCUCUGAAACACCUGGGGACGCGCCGACACCCAAACCCUGGGGCGUGAAAGCAGGGGUCUUGAGUUUGGACCUGUCCCAGCUGCAUCGGUUCGAUCACGGGGACAGCGGCAGUCAGACUCCGGGCAGCAUGCCGAGCACACCGUCUCCUCUGGAGAACGCAAAGCCCUUCCCCGGAGCUUCCUCUCUGAAUGAUGACAGCUUCCUGUUUACAAACAAUCCCUCCCAGAGACAUUCAACAAACAGUGAGCGUGCGGAGGAGGAGUUGGCGCGUCUGCUGUUGGAGAUGGUGUUGUGUGUCAUGUGGAGAGGGGUGGAGGGGUCCGAUGACGCCGCCUGGCUGGAGAGGGGUCAGGUGUUCUCCGCCCUCACCAAACUGGGCACUGCCAACGAGCUGCUGCUGCCCGUGGACCACAUCAAACUCAGUCUGAUGGAGAGGAUGCUGGAAUUGGCCGUAACGGAUAACCGAGAGGCGACGACGGCCACGCUGCCGCAGCACACGGAGAACGCAGUGCGUCUUCUGCACAUGGUGCAGGACUUCCUGCAGGCUGAGGGGCUGGUGAAUCCCGCUCUGUGGACUGAGAAGGUUCUGGAGGACACGGUGACUCUGAUGGACGGGCUGAUGGUGUGGUACGCCUCCGGGACGCAGUGGCUCCAGCUGUCUCAGGUGGGACUACGGCUGCUGCUCGGGUUCAUGGCGCAGGAAGACCCACAGGUGUGUGCCAUGGCUACGGCCAAACUGAAUGGCAUCUUGCAGACGAAGACGGUGGACUCUCAAGACGAGGCCUGUUAUCUUCUGGGUCGUGUGGAGGGGAUCCUCAGGCGCUCUGUGAGCGAGGAGCGGACAGAGGAGACCUACUCGUUUUUAGUGCCUCUCCUCCGUACGCUCCUGUCUAAAGUCCACAAACUCCUGUACAUGGAGCUGCACCUCCCUCCCUCCCCGACCAACGGAAGCCCGUCUUUCUUUGAGGACUUCCAGCUGUACUGCAGCUCUCCGGAGUGGAGGGUCUAUUUGGAUAAAUAUAUCAUCCCCUACAUGAAGCAAUAUGAGAUCGAGACGUUCAGUCAGGGUCAUGAGAACAUGGCUCUCUACUGGAAGGACUGUUAUGAGGCGUUCAUGCUCAGUCUGCACCGCAAGGAGCGAGAGAGAGGAGAGAGCAAGAUACGCUUUCAGGAGCAGUUUGUGGAACCGUUCAGUCGCCGAGGGCGUCAGGAGAACCUGAGGUACAACAGCAUGCUGAAACAAAUCCACACACAGAACAGCGCCAUCCUCAGGCAGUGGAGGGCGGCCCGCAGAGGACUCUUCUGUGAGAGAGGACCCUGGGUGGACAAGCAGCAGAAGGACAUACACUGGAAGCUCUCGAGUGCUGAAAACUACUCCCGUAUGAGACUCAAACUGGUGCGGAAUUACAACUUUGACCCCCAUAAAGAAGCUAGUGCCUUGAGAGAUAACCUAGGUGUGCAGCACCAGCAGGUAAACACCGAGUCGCUGUUGUUAGAGGCGGUGAAACAGGUGAAGGUCAGUGAUCUGGAGGAUGACAUCCUGGAGCUCCUGGAGGAGGAUCCUGCAUCGGCCAAUCAGGCUGAUUCUGAAGAGGCGGGUCAGAAGGAGAAGCUGGUGAUCUCAGAGGACUGUGAGCUGGUCACGGUGGUUGAUGUCUAUCCGGGUCGUCUGGAGCUCACCACACAGCACAUCUACUUCUACGACAGCAGCGCAGAGAAAGAGGAAGGUGUAGGUCAGGACUUUAAAUGGCCUCUGUCUCAGAUCAGAGAGAUUCACCUGCGCAGGUACAACCUCCGGCGCUCGGCUCUGGAGAUCUUUCUCAUCGACCAGACCAGCUACUUCCUGAACUUCAAGAAGGAGGUGCGUAAUAACGUGUACAGCCGGAUGCUGCUGCUGCGUUCUCUCUCUCUUCAUGCCACUCACUCACCGCAGGAGCUGCUCAAAGCCUCUGGACUCACACAGAAAUGGGUGAACAGGGAGAUCUCAAACUUUGACUACCUGAUGCAGUUGAACACCAUAGCAGGACGGACGUAUAAUGACCUGGCUCAGUAUCCUGUGUUCCCCUGGAUCCUGUCGGAUUAUACGUCCGAGGAGCUGGAUCUGUCCGAUCCGCGGGUGUUCAGAGAUCUCUCCAAACCUGUGGCCGUGCUGAACGAGAGGAACGCCAAAGCCGUCAGAGAGAAAUAUGAGAGUUUUGAGGACCCCACGGGCACCAUAGACCGUUUCCACUACGGCACGCACUACUCGAACGCCGCUGGAGUCAUGCAUUACCUCAUUCGAGUCGAACCCUUCACAUCCCUGCACAUCCAGCUGCAGAGCGGCAGGUUUGACUGUGCUGACCGUCAGUUUCACUCCAUUCCUGCCACCUGGCAGACCCUCAUGGACAAUCCCAACGACGUCAAAGAGCUCAUCCCAGAAUUCUUCUACUUCCCAGAGUUCUUGGAGAACCAGAACGGAUAUGACCUGGGUCGCUUGCAGAUCUCUAAAGAGAGGGUAAAUGAUGUCAUCCUGCCUAAAUGGGCCAAAUCCCCCGAGGACUUUAUCUACAAGCACCGCAAAGCCCUGGAAUCAGAGUACGUGUCGGCCCAUCUGCAUGAAUGGAUCGAUCUGAUCUUUGGCUAUAAACAGAGGGGCCCGGCUGCAGUGGAGGCCCUUAAUGUCUUCUAUUACUGCACAUAUGAAGGGGCUGUUGAUCUGGACGCCAUCACAGAUGAGAAGGAGAGGAAGGCUCUAGAAGGCAUGAUCAGUAACUUUGGACAGACACCGUGCCAGUUACUGAAGGAGCCCCAUCCCGUGCGUCUCUCUCUGGAGGAGCUGGAGAAGAGGAGAACCCGUCUGGACUCCUGUCCUCUCAACAUAUUCGAGCACCUCACUGAACUCAAAUCCUUCUUCAUUGAGGGCAUCAGUGAUAAUGUGCCACUGGUUAAAGCCGUGGUCCCUAAGAACCAGUCCCAUUCUUUUAUCUCACAGGGGAGUCCAGAUACUCUGGUAACUCUGAGCCAGAACUGCUUGAUGGGAAUUCACGGCUGGCUGCCCUAUGACAAGAACAUAUCCAACUAUUUCACCUUCAUCAAAGACCCCACCGUAGCCGGUGUAAAGACUCAGAGGUUUCUAGCAGGGCCGUUCUCUCCAGGGGUGGAAGUCACAGCUCACCUGUUUGUUGUGUCUCAUGACGGGAAGCUGCUCUUCAGUGGAGGCCACUGGGACAACAGCCUGAGAGUGACGUCACUCGUCAAGGGCAAAACAGUGGGGCAGCACAUCCGCCACAUGGACAUCGUAACGUGCCUGGCCACAGAUCACUUUGGGAUACACCUGAUCUCUGGCUCUAGAGACACCACCUGUAUGGUGUGGCAGGUGCUACAGCAGGGUGGUGUUCCGGUGGGUCUGUCCCAUAAGCCAGUGCAGGUGUUGUACGGACACACAGAUGAAGUUGUGAGCGUGUCUAUCAGUACAGAGCUGGACAUGGCGGUCUCUGGAUCACGGGAUGGGACGGUGAUCAUUCACACUGUUCGGAGGGGUCAGUACAUGCGCUCUCUGCGGCCGCCGUGUGAGAGCUCUCUGCCCGUGUCCAUCAUGCACCUGGCUGUGUCCUGGGAGGGACAUCUAGUGGUGCACACCUGCGUAGAGGGCAAAGCCACACUGAAGGAUAAGAACGCCCUGCACCUGUACUCUGUGAACGGGAAGCACCUGUGCAGCGCUCCUCUGAAGGAGCAGGUGACAGACAUGUGUGUUUCAGGAGAACAUGUCAUCAUCGGCAGUGAGCAGGGUUUCCUGUCUGUCAGAGAUCUCUACAGCCUGGCUCUGUGUGUGUCGCCGACGGCGAUGCGGGUGCCCAUCCGCUGUGUGUCUGUGACCAAGGAGCAAUCUCACGUGCUGGUGGGACUCGAUGACGGCAAGCUGAUCGUGGUGGGCGUGGGGAAACCUGCGGAGAUGCGUUCUGGCCAGAUUACAAGGAAACUCUGGGGCUCCAGUAAACGUCUCACUCAGAUCUCGUCUGGAGAAACAGAGUAUCACACCCAAGAGCAGCCCUGACCCCGCCCCCCUCCUGCCUGAUUGGCCCAUUGCCCCGUCAGUCACCCAAAACCAUUGUUUCAGUUUGGAGGAUGGCUCUCUCCUCUUGCUGAAACAAUAUGAAGGACUUUUUUAAGCACCUGUAUGCAAAUUUGUGUGUGUGUGUGUUGAGUCAAAAGGAUGCGUGUUCCCUCGUGUUGUAGACGUGUAGUUGAACUGGUGCAGGCACCAUCUAACUAUAUGUGUCUGAGUUCUGUGAAAACCCCCCUCUCUGUCGUUUUUCCACCACAUAUGCCACACACCUUUAGUUAAUCAUCAUCAUCAUCAUCAGCAUCAUUACAGCGUGUUUUUGUCACGUCAGGAUUUUUGUGUUUUUGUAGUACUUGUCCAGUUAUUCAUUUGUUUCUUAGUGGCCUUGUCAUAUUAAAUGACUUUCACAGGUGA